UAAAAUAAAAACGAAGCACACCGAACACAGCCUUAAGCUGCACCGCCAAUCCUAUCGUAUCAUCCAAAAUCGCAGAGAUUUCUUAUUCUUCUCAAAAUUCCGCCAUUGAAAUCCCCCCAAACCUCGCCACCAUGCCUCCAGAUCUUCACCACCACCACAACAACCAUGCCGUACAAUCGCCAUCGCCGAAACCGAACCAGAAGGUUCUCUCCCUCAUCCUCAAAGCCCUCAUUAUGAUCUUUAUAACCUCUCUUUUCUUCCUCUUCGUCGGAGUCGCCGCCAUUCUCUUCCUCUGUCUCGCCGGAGGGGCCUUACAUCGUCGCCGUCUCCGAGGCGGUGAGCCCCGGCUUCCGAAUUCCUCGCGUGGAUUCUCGCCUCGGGACCUAAGGUGGCUUCCCCAAUUUCGGUGCCAUAAGGGAAUCGAGGGCGAGUGUGUGGUCUGCUUGGAUGGGUUUAGGGAAGGUCAAUGGUGCAGAAGACUCGUCGCUUGUGAUCACGUCUUUCACCGGAGGUGUCUUGAUACGUGGUUGGUUAAGGUCCCGGCUUGUCCGAUUUGCCGGGCACGCGUACGGUUGGAUUUGGGUGAUACGGCGUCGUCUUCGUCGCUCGAUUUGGCUGAAGAGGCUAAGCAGUGGUGGGGAUUUAAUGGGUGACACCGGAUUUGAGGGUUUGGUUAGGCAUGUAAGUUCUGCUAAAGCUUUGGAGAUUUUGUAUAAUAUGUUGCUUGGGUUUUUGAUCUAAUGUAUAGUAGUGGUAGGUUCUAAUUUGAAUAAGAAUUGCAGCAUGUUUUUUAUGCUUAUUUCUUUUUCAUAUGAUCAUAAUUAUAAUUUCCUUUCAAUGGAACUUAAUUGCUUAAAAAUGGAGGAAUUGUUGCUGUA